AUGAAGAGAUAUCUUAUUUGCUAUAACAGUGUAUCAGCAUUUCUUUGGCUAUGCAUCUUUGUCCAAGGUGUUGGAGAUUGGUCUGCUGGUUACUACAAGCUUGAUACAAUCCCACACAAAUUCAUGGUGUAUACUCAAAUUUUCAAUUCCAUGACAGAGAUAACACAUUCGAUUGUUGGAAUUGUCCCAACCCCCAUCCCCACACUAUUGUUGCAAUCAUUUGCCAGGUUAAUUAUUAUGGUGGGCGUUUGUGUUGUUAUUCCUGAAAGUUUAGCCAACUAUGAUAUUGUUGUAUUUUCUGGGUUAACUUUGGCAUGGUCAAUCACAGAAAUAAUCAGAUACGGGUUCUACGCUAUAAAACUAAGUGGGGUCAAAAUACCCCCAUACUGGUUGGUUUGGCUUAGGUACAGUGCAUUUUUUGUUUUGUAUCCAUUGGGGUUGGUUUGCGAAAGUAUGACCGUGUACAAUUCCUACAAUUAUGUCAAACAAAGGUUACCAUACUACUACUAUUUCUUGAAAUACGCUAUAGUGUUGUAUAUCCCAGGGUUUUUAUAUCUCUACACGUAUAUGAUUGGACAAAGAACCAAAGUGUUGAGAAAGAUCAAAACCGCGUAG